UGGCUGUGAGAGCGAUUGCAUGAAAUGAACUGCAGCAAAUUUGUGCAAGUAUAAAUCUGAUGCGCAAUAUCGAUUUUUGCGAUAACGCUUUUAUUCUGAAUAAUCCGGGGCGGAAGUGUUUUUCUGGUUACUGCUGGCAGAACACGGUUGACUUGACUGUGGUCCUCAGGGGCAGCAAAGUGGGCAAAUUGGAUUCCGGGCUUUAACAAAGACACCUGACCCGUCUCACACCGGUGUGCGUUCAGCGCUGCGGAACCUGCCGGUCCGGCCUGCCGCUGUCUGACGCGCCCCCUGAUGUUCGGCUGCUCGUCGCUUCACAUCCCCCUCCUGUUUUUCAUCGUUUCCUCUUGUGUGGAGGAUGCGACGGGGCCCGCGGAGCUCUGCUCACCGUGGAAACAUCCAUCAGCCGCUGCUCUGCUUCCAUCUCCGGCACCGAGAGGAAAUCUGAAUAAACCGGGAUCUUGUGGGUAGAAGCGGGAAGAAGAGGGCGUCGUGCAGAGGGCAGACAUCGCCGUCCCAGUCUCCUCCAUCCUUCCUCAGCGAGGGGAGGAAUCGGCUUUAAAGCGCCGCUGGGAUCCUUCCUCUCGCUCUGCUGGUUCAGGUGCAUCUGUCCUGUCUGUUGGUGUGAUGGCUGUGAUGUUGGUGCUUCUCCUCUCCUCGCUGCUCCUGUCCACCCACACUCCUGGCCGAGCGUCUCCUUCCUGCCCUGUGAGCUGUCGCUGCUACAGCCUCACUGUGGAGUGUGGCUCCACCGGCCUGAGGGACAUCCCCAAACACGUCCCUCCAGCCACACAGACCAUCUUCCUCCAGGACAAUGUGAUUGGUCAGAUCCGUCGACAGGACCUCAUUCUGCUGAGGCAUCUGCACUACUUGUAUCUGCAGAACAACACCAUCUCAGCAGUGGAGCCUGGCUCUUUCCAGAACCAGGGUCAGCUGUUGGAGCUGGCUCUGAAUGGGAACCGGAUCCACCUGGUGACAGCUGACAUGUUUCAGGGACUCGAACACCUCCGCAUUCUUUACCUGGCAGGAAAUGACAUCACACGGCUGCAGGACUACACCUUCCGUGGAUUACAACGUCUGCAGGAGCUCCAUUUGCAGCACAACAGCAUAGACAUGUUAGCAGACCAGGCUCUGGCUGGCUUGACUUCUCUGGCUCUGCUGGACCUGAGCAGUAACAAUCUUCACACCAUUGGCCCUGCGUCCCUGAGACCUCUUGUCAGCCUGCAGGUGCUGCGCAUCACAGAUAACCCGUGGCGCUGUGACUGUGCUCUCCACUGGCUGAGGAGCUGGAUUGAUGAAGCAGGGCAGCGGCUGCUCAGCUCUGCAGAACGUCGGCUGGUCUGCACCGAGCCGCCACGUCUCUCCCACCUCAGCUUGGUGGAGGUCCCCCUCAACAGCCUGGUGUGCAUCCCUCCACUGGUGCAGCUGGAGCCCAGAAGGCUAGCUGUGCGCCUUGGAGAGAGUCUCAGGGUGUCCUGCCAUGCUUCUGGUUACCCACGGCCACAGGUGACGUGGAGAAAGGCAUCCCAGGGUAAAGUGGUGCUUUCUCCCAGAGGCCUGGUUCAGGAGCUGGGUGCUGGAGCAGGUGGAGUGGGUGCAGCAGAGGAGCCGUCAGAGGAAGGCAGAGUGAGUCUGCAGAAGACUGACGGCGAGCGCUUUGACCCGGACACCGGCAGCGGCAUGCUGUUUCUCAGUAACGUGACUGUGGCUCACGCAGGUUUCUAUGAAUGUGAAGCCUGGAAUGCAGGGGGCGUGGCCCGGGUGACCUUUCAGCUCGCCAUCAACUCAUCCACUUCCUCCUCCUCCUCUUCCUCCUCCAUCUGGGCCUCGUGGUCCCAGGUGUCUUCGCCAUACUCCCCCGCUUGGCCCCGGCUGAGGAACCACGGCCCCGCUUUGGGCUCAGAUGUGAGCCGGGAACCCCUGUACGCUCUGGGCAGCAUGGCCUUCAGCGCUCUGGGAGCUGCCACUCAGACUGCCAUCGCUGUGGGCAUCUCCCUGCUGGCUCUGACCGCUCUGCUGCUGGUCGCCAUGAUCUACAGCCGACAUCACCAACAAGAUAAGGAGGCCGAUGGAGCCGAGAAGGAGGAGAGCAUCCUCUACGUGAACGACUACUCUGACGGCCCCACCACCUUUGCCCAGCUGGAGGAGUACCGUGACGAACGCGGCCAUGAGAUGUACGUCCUCAACAGGGCCAAGCCUGUGCUGCCUCCUGCUCCACCCACAGCUGUCUCCACCACUAACUUGGGUUGCCCCGCUCCAUCUGACACCUCCAGCCACACCCUCUCCUCGGGUCCUGGCCAGACCAUGACUCCGACUCUGGCCCCCAACAAGCAGCAGCAGCAGCAACAGCAGCAGCAGGAGGGUGACAUACGGACCAUGAGGAGAAUGGCGGGGGAGGGAGGGGAGGCUGAGCCUGUGAUCACAUCAGAGGCUGAAGGGAUGUUUCUUAACCACACAGGCCUGUUCAUGGACUCUCAGAUCGCUUAUGAGAUCCACUGCUGAAGGGCAACGACUGAAUCCACUGAAACGACGAUGCAUUCAUUGAACAUUGGAAAAAUCUAAACCACUGUGUGUGACACAGUGGUUUACAGCAGGGCCAGUCACAUCUUGCUGCUGCUGAAAUCUACCAGUAAACUGACAGAUGGACUCGCUCCUGUGGAAGUCCAAGACUCAUCCACACUGACAGACUCUUAUUGGAGAAGGUUUAAAUACCUGGCAGAGCUCACGGUCUGGUUUAAAUCAACAGAGCUGAGGCUUUUCAGUGGACAUACUGUGACCUUGCAUGUCAAAACAUCAGAGGUGAUGGUCAUUCAAAGGCUCUACACUGUUCAUGACAAUGAGAAGUGGACUCAAGUAUAUAGUGAGCAGCACACAUCCAAACUGUCCUGUACAUGAACAUCUGGGUCAGCAUUUAUCAGAACUACUUUCAUAGCAGAACCCUUUCACCAUUACUGCUGUACAAGAGUUAACAUCUAUCUUCUCAAGAACUCAGACAAAGCCCAGUGCUUA